GAGCGCCGGGGCAGAGUCGCAGCCGCCGCCGCCUGCCUUCUCCCGUGCCUUGUCGGCGUCGGGAAGUCUCCGGAGUUGUGCCCCCCUCCUCCCCGAAACAGCCACCCAAAUUAAUAAUCCUAAUAACCUGAUCUCCCGCUCCUCCCCGCCAGCCCGCCUCCUCCCUCGUUCCUCCCUCCCUCUCUCCUUCCCACCUCCUCGGUCGCAGCCAGAGGAACGCCGGCAGCUGCCCCGGAGCGGGGGUGUCCGAGCCCGGACCGGGUGUCGGAGCCGGGGUUGGCGGCGCGCGCGCGCGGGGGCUUAGUGGAGGCGAUGAUCCCCGAGAUGUUUGUCCGCCCCUUGCGCACAGAAGUCUUGCCGCGGCCGGGCGCAGGGCUUGUCGCAUCUCCGAGCGCCUCGUUCCCAAAUUAAACGUCGACAGGGGACACUCGGGCAGAGCCCCCCCCCCGCCUUUCCCGGGCCCCUCCCGGCUCCCCCGCCCCAUGUCCGCCCGGGAGACUGCCUGGUGCGGAGGCGGCGGCGGCCGCGGCCGAGACUCUCUGUGGCUGAGCGCGUCUGUGGGCGACUGUGGCAUCCGUCCGCUGGAACCUGGCGACACGGAACCAGCAGCGCGCCACCCCCUCCUCUUGUGUCACCGCUUUGGACCCCCAGCGGGGACUCGUCUGGGGGCUCCCCCUGACUCCCAGGAAGGACGCGAAGCCCUCUGGGACCCCAGCUCGGGCGGCCACCUGUCUUUGCCGCGGUGACCCUCCUCCCAUGACCCUGCGGUGCCUCGAGCCCUCCGGGAAUGGCGCAGAAGGGACCCGGAGCCAGUGGGGGACCGCGGGGCCGCCGGAGGAGCCGUCCCCAGAGGCGGCGCGUCUGGCGAAGGCUCUGCGCGAGCUCAGCCAAACAGGAUGGUACUGGGGCAGUAUGACUGUUAAUGAAGCCAAAGAGAAAUUAAAAGAGGCACCCGAGGGAACUUUCUUGAUUCGAGACAGUUCGCACUCAGACUACCUACUAACCAUAUCUGUUAAAACGUCAGCUGGGCCCACCAACCUCCGGAUCGAAUACCAAGAUGGGAAGUUCAGGUUGGACUCCAUCAUAUGUGUCAAGUCCAAGCUUAAACAGUUUGACAGUGUGGUGCAUCUGAUCGACUACUAUGUUCAGAUGUGCAAGGAUAAGCAGACGGGCCCGGAAGCCCCCCGGAACGGCACGGUUCACCUGUAUCUGACCAAACCGCUCUACACAUCGGCGCCACCCCUGCAGCACCUCUGUCGACUGGCCAUUAACAAGUGCACCGGCACCAUCUGGGGACUGCCUUUACCCACCAGACUAAAAGAUUACUUGGAAGAAUAUAAAUUCCAGGUAUAAGUGUUUCUCUUUUUCUAAACAUGCCUCACGUAGAGUAUCUCCGAAUGCAGCUAUGUAAAAAAGAGAACCAAAACUUGAGUGAACUGCUCUGGAUAACCACGCGGGAUUCUUUGUAAGAACCGCUGAAGUCAAUCUAAUUAAAAAAACAAAAACAAAAA